UUUCCCAACGGUUUUGAGAUUGGGCAGGGCGUGAGAGCGGGGGAUCUUGAUCUGCCCGACGGGGGCUCAAGGGAGGGGGCAAUCCCUUGUCCCCAUCUUGGCAAAUUGCGGGGCCAAGGGCUGGAGGUGUGGAGAAUAGUCGGAACGGGCUGGUCAGAGUAGAGGAUCUCGGGCUAGGCUUGAGGGCGGCGUACGUUUAGGGACGUCUGAGGGUGUGACAGUGUUCUCAGUUUCUUUUGGGCUAGUCAAGAGGGAGGGAUUCUGGGGAGCCUUACUAUGGCUUUCUUGCCAGGAGGGGUCGGAACGGAUAUACACGGGGGUUGACGGUGUGUAGAACGAGUGCGGUGGGCGGCGGGGUGUGUGGAAGUAGGGAGCGGAGGUUCCUGCCUCUCUGAGAUUGGAGCCAAUUGAGGGGCCAAUAUAGCAGCUGGACGGAAAUUAGGUCCCUAUUGGAUUUGGGUCCUUUUCAUUUUGCGCCCUCUGGAUGUAAGAACUUAGUUCAGUCGACUAGUGAUAGCCAGUGCCAGAAGUUCAUCGGCAGCUUUCAUCACUCCAGAGAAACUUCUGUGGUGCUGUUCCUCACAGUAGAUUUUUUUGUCCUCACCCCGUCGUUGCUGCACCCUUCUUUUCCACUGUUCCCAGGAGCUGUGGAUAGAAAUGCUUUUGCCCUCUCCCAUAGCCUCUGGAACCGGCGGAAACCUCUUCUAACCAGAAGGCCUUUAUACCUUUAUUCACCAAGGAUCCUUGGCUUGGAGUCUUCCUCCUCGCUCUCAAAUCUUUCUUCUGUACUUUUCUGCCUGGGCUUUCCAAAAAGAAGAACCAAGAGUUCCCAGCUCUGCUGUCUCCAGUUGCCUCUUCCCUGUACUCAUGGCGACAUCAGCUACCAGCCCCAGUUCACCUCUCUGCUCUGAAGAUCUCUUGAGUGAUUCAUCAGAAGCCCCUGGGCUGAACCAAGUGUCCUCUGAGGUGACCUCCCAGCUCUAUGCUUCUUUGCACCUCAAUCGCCAGGCAGAGGCCACAGCCCGAGCCCAGCUGUAUUUACAUUCCAUCUCCCCACCUCCUCACGAGGUGUUAGAUGGCCUGGCCCAAGAGCUGGGUCGCAGCUUGUCAGUUGGACUGGAGAACAACUUGAAGAAAAAGGAUGGUUCCAAGCAUAUCUCUGAGAUGGAAAUUGUUCGGAGUCAACUGCAGAGCAUGCUCCAAACCUCCCGUGAUGCAGCUUAUCGGGAUCCCCUUACUCCAGGUGCUGGCUCAGAGAGACGGGAAGAGGACUCCUUUGACAGUGACAGCACAGCCACCUUGCUUAACACCCGGCCCCUGCAAGAUUUAACUCCAUCUAGCUCAGCCCAAGCCCUGGAGGAGUUGUUUCCCCGCUACACCAGCCUUCGGCCAGGGCCCCCACAUAAUCCCCCGGAUUUUCAGGGCCUGAGAGAUGCACUGGAUUCGGAGCAUACCCGUCGGAAGCAUUGUGAGCACCACAUCCAGAACCUACAGACCCGAGUGCUAGAGCUUCAGCAACAGUUAGCUGUGGCUGUGACUGCUGACCGCAAGAAAGAUAUCAUGAUCGAACAACUGGACAAGACUCUGGCUCGAGUGGUAGAGGGCUGGAACCGGCAUGAAGCUGAGCGGGCAGAGGUGCUUCGGGGACUCCAGGAGGAACGCCAGGCAGCUGAACUCACCAGAAGCAAGCAGCAGGAGACAGUAAUCCACCUGGAACAGAGCCUUUCUGAGGCCAUGGAGGCCCUGAAUCGUGAGCAGGAAAGUGCCAGACUGCAGCAAAGGGAAAGAGAGAUGCUGGAAGAGGAAAGGCAUGCUCUGACCCUGACCUUGGAACUGGAACAGCAGCGGUGCCAGGCGUUGCAGGAAGAACGGGAUGAGGCUCGGGCUGGGCAACUCAGUGAGCAUCGACAGCUCGAGACACUUCAGGGUGCCCUAGAAAAAGAACGUCAGACUUGGGCCCAGCAAGAGCACCAGCUUCAGGAACGCUACCAGGCCCUGCAGGAGAAGGGCCAGGCGCAGCUGGAAGGGGAGAAGGGGAACACCCAGAGGGAGGCCCAGGCAGCCCGGGAGGCUCAGCAGCAGCUGGGGUUGGCCCAGUCAGAGGUGCAGCGGUUGGAGGGAGAGCUGGAUACAGCUCGGAGAGAGAGAGAUGCCCUGCAGCUGGAAAUGAGCCUGGUGCAGGCCCGGUUUGAAAGCCAGCGGAUCCAGCUGGAGUCGGAGCUGGCUGUGCAGCUGGAGCAGCGGGUGACAGAGCGGCUGGUGCAGGCUCAGGAGAGCAGCUUGCGGCAAGCAGCCUCCCUGAGGGAGCAGCACAGGAAACAGCUGCAGGACCUGAAUGGCCAGCACCAGCAGGAAUUAUCCACCCAGUUGGCUCAGUUCAAGGUGGAGAUGGUGGAACGAGAGGAAAGGCAGCAGCAGGUGGCUCAGGACUAUGAGCUCAGACUGGCCCGGGAGCAAGCACGCACCCGUGAACUGCAGAGUGGCAACCAGCAGUUGGAGGCACAGCAGGCAGAGCUGGUAGAGCGGCUUCAAGCCAUGCUGCAGGCCCACUGGGAGGAGGCCAGCCACCUGCUCAGCGCCAGCACCCUGCCUGCUAACCCCCCGGUAGGUACCCAGGUUCCUACUACCAGCGAUUCCAGCCCGGGGCCUCAGGAAGCAGAGAAGGGGGAGAGGAGGAUCUGGACUGUGCCGCCCGUGGCUGUGGCCCUAAAGCCUGUAUUGCAGCAGAGCAGGGAAGCAAGAGAGGAGCCGCCAGGAGUGCUGCCUGUUCUCUGCAGCCCCUCCCCAGACCUUAGCCUCCUGCUGGGCCCCAGCUUCCAGAGCCAGCAUUCCUUCCAGCCCCUGGAGCCAAAGCCCGAUCUGACGUCAUCCUCAGCUGGGGCCUUCCACCCUAAUCACAGGGCAGAACGGCCAUUCCCUGAGGAAGAUGCUAGAUCCGAUGGGGAUGGCUUCCUAAAGCAAGGGCUGCUGCCCCCUGCGCAGCUGGAGGGCUUCAAGCAUUUUUUGCACCAGCUGCUGGAGACAGUGCCCCAGAGCCACGAGAACACCUCUGUUGACCUGCCUCCUAAGUCUGGUCCUCUGACCAUCCCAUCUUGGGAGGAAGCCUCUCGAGUGCCACACCUCCCACCCCCCGUCCAUAAAACUAAAGUGCCCUUAGCCAUGGCAUCUAGUCUUUUCCGUGUCCAUGAGCUCCCCUCAACCCAGUCACAGAGCAGUGGCCCUGGAGAUAGCUCCCCAGAGAGAGGUGGAGAUGGGCUCGCAUCCCCCAGGCAGCUGGCGGAGGUGUCUCAGCUCUUACGUCUCUACCAGGCACGGGGCUGGGGGCCGCUGCCUGCCGAGGACCUGUUGCUCUACCUGAAGAGGCUGGAACGCAGCGGGACGGACAGCCAAGGGGAUAACGUCCCCAGAAGGAACACAGACUCCCGCCUGGAUGAGAUGCCCCGGAAAGAGAUUCCCUCCCAGCCUCUCCCUCGCCGCCUCACCACAGCCCCUAAGACUGAAAAACCUCCAGCACGCAAGAAAAGUGGGCACCCUGCCCCUCCUGGCAUGAGAAGCCGGGGGGGCGUCUGGAGAUAAGCCCCUUGCCCUUUCUCUUCUCCUUUGUUCUUGCUAUUUUAACAAAUGCUCAAUAGUCUGUAUUGGAGUCUCUGACUCCAGAAUUUGAAAAACAGAGGUUUUAGAAGAAACUAUGGUAUAAAAAAAACCUUUUUUAUUCUGUUAGAGUAUGUUUUUUGUAUGUUAUAUGUUUCUGUUUUAUAUUCUAUGGAAAAAGACAUGAAUGCUGUGAAGGAAAGAUGGUCUGUGGCCAGGUUCAAGGGUAAAACCUGAAGUGAUUAGCUCUGACUGGUCGUGGAAUUUUGGGUAAUAUUUAUUUUCUUCUUUAUACAUUUCUGUACUUUCCAAAUUUUAUAAAAUGAGUGUCAGUUAAUAAUCAGAAAAAAAUAAACUUGUAAUAAAGAAGUAAAUU